GCUAUUGGUUGCUCUCUGAAAAGCUGCGUCGUAAUUGGUCAACGUUAACUUUCCUAUUGGUUAGUUUUCUUGCAGCUAGGAAACCGGAGCAAACAGUUGUUUGGAGGCGUUUCCUUCUAUCUGGGAACUGUACUUUUAUGUGGCGUUAUAAUGUACGGUAAAUCUUUGGGGAGUUCAAGAAAAAAUGAUUCCAAAUCAAAGAUUAGACAAGAGAAAGAAAGUAAUGUUAGGGUUGACUUUGAUGAGAAACAUGAUGAAUAUCUCAUAUAUCUGCAACAAAGAAACAGAGCACUGAACAAUUCCAAGGCUAAGGAUGCCAUGCAGAUCAAACAGCAGCAUUUAGAAGAAGGAUUUUCUCUGUAUCUGAAUGGAGCAAAUGCUGAUUUCAGAAAGCAGCAGAGUACUCAGGAUUUAGCAAAAGAGAGCUCAAAAUCAUCCAAAAUUACUGAUGAUGGCUGUUCCCAUCUCCCAGGGAGGAGAAGUCAGACAGCACCUGGAAAGAUUCAAAGGAAAGCUUGGGUUCAGAACUCCAUACAAAUUAAAUCUGAAAGCGGAUCUCGGGUUUAUAUUGGUCUGAACCCAAAAUACUCUGAAGAUUUUGAAAGUGAUGAUGAUAUAAAUGAUGACCAAGCUAGUGAUCAAUAUAAGUAUUUUACAGACUCUGAAAAGAAAGUUCUACAAGGAACUAUGAAAAAAAGACUGGUUUUAGAUGCCAGUGAUGUUAAGGCAUUAAGGGAGAGUCUGGAGAUGAGUCUGUGUCUACAGCAGGAUGCCAGAGACAGCUUAGAUGAUGAUGAUGAUGAUGAUGCAGACUUUGUGGAAGAGGAAUUGAUAAAAAGUGAGUCUCCAGCGUUGGAUGUGCCUUCUAAAUCUCUACAGGAUAAUGAGUCCAGACAUCAAGCUUUUGGACAUCAGAAGCUACUUCCUGGGGAUUUUGUUGUUUUAGAGUUCAACACUUUCGAUAAAAAAGAUGGGAGAGUUUUGUCUGCUAAAAGAAAAGAAAGUGCAGAAUUUUAUAUCCCUACUAAGCCUGUCAUGGUGAAAAAUAAAACACCAAGAGUAAAAUCUUCAUGUUUCUGCACUAAAGAUUCCUCCUUUCUGAGACCAGGAAGUCGUCAGGAGAGACUACUGCCUACUGCCAAAAAAAGUAUUUCAGAAAAUAAAGAUUCUCAACCCUCCGUGUCAACAGUUAUAGAUGCCAUUAACAAUGAAAACGAGGCAAUUACCAGAGCUGUUACUGCUGGUGAAAUUGAGAAGAUGACUUCUGGUUCUUCAGAUGACAAUGAAGGUGUUGUUUCCAAAGCCAUUGAAAAAAUAAACCUUAUGAAAAUAAGUCAACAGAAGAAAUUGCUGAAAGUUCUUCAGGACAUUGAUAAUGAUUCAUCUUCAUACAGUAAUUUAGAGGGAGAGCUGCUAAAAUGGGAUUCGGUCUAUGUGGAGCCAGCAGUAAAAGAUGCAAUCUAUGUUACAGUAGAAAUUCUGUCUAACUGGGGAAAUCAGUAUUUCAUUGGUAUAACAGAAAUUCAGUUUUUUGACCUGAAGAAUGAAGAAAUCUAUGUUUCACCUCAUGAUGUAGACAUUAGAAACAUGGAUGUACCUGGAGAUCCUACCUGCUUAGUCAACGGUAAAACUCUGACCACAAAGGAACAUUUCAUGUGGACUUGUCCUUUCCACCCUCCUGUGCAGUUGUACUUUAUUAUUCGCAAUGCUACUAAGUCUGCUGACUUUGACAUAAGCAAGUUGAAGAUUUGGAAUUAUAAUAAGGCACUCAGCGAUCUUAAUAUUGGUGCAAAGCAUGUCAAAAUAUACAAAGAUGAAACCCUUGUGUUUGAUGGACCUUUAGAUAAAGGCAGCGGAAACCAAGAAUUUGAUUAUAGUAACACUAUUGAUCUGCAAACUGGUCAGAUAAAAAGCUCAUCAUUUCUUCCUGUAUAUGCCAACAGCAAUGGAAACCAUUCUUUUGGUGUCUCCAAUAAUAUAGAACUCAAGCCUAAGUGUGGUGGUCUAGUUGAUACUUCACACCAGCUGUCCAGUAUCUUGAUUGAAGGGCCUAACCAAGCAAAAACUGGUGAACAGAAAGAAUUACAUUUUGAAAAUAGUAUCUCUAAAGAUUUAACAACUUUGCAUGAUAUUGCACUGGGCAUCAGUUUCCAGCAGCUACCCUUAACCAGUUCUUUAAUAAAUUGUCAGGAAGAUAUUGUACAAGAUGAAAUAUGGAGUAAAAUUAACUACAGUAAAGAGGAUCUUUGUAAUAUCAAUCAAAGUAAAGAUUUGAGCACUGUGACAGCUAAACAACAAAUGGUCAGUGCAACCAUCGCUGCAUCAAAUGAUCCUCCUCUUUGCCCACAGCAUAAUGAUGAGCUGACUAUAAAGGAGCAACUGCAAAGAAUAACAGGAAGAAAAGUGUGUGAAUCCUUGAAUAGAUUUCCUCCUUGGUUGUCAUCUUCCAAUUUUCAGCAAGAGAGUUAUGAUGAAGCAACAAAGAAUAAUUGUAAUGCUUCUUCUGGUAACUUUACUAACAAAAGAUCUGACCAUAAUAUAAACCAGUUUUUAGAGGACUAUGUUACAAGUUAUAAGAGAGAUUCAAAUAAAAACUCUAAAAAUGGAAACCAAAACAAAAUGUUAUGCUCAUCUUCAAAGAUGGAAAAUGAAGAUGAUUUGGAAAACUUCAGUAACCAAAACUCUUGUAAUCCUGAUCGUCCAGUUAGUGGUAGAAGAAAAACUGUGCACAUGCAAGAUAAAAGUGAAAGAACAAGUUUUCAUAAAACAAUUAAUCAAGUGAAUACUGAGAAUAUAAGACCAAGAUGGCAAAAUGAUCAAGAAAAUAAUCUGAUGGAAUCGUGGACUUCCUUAAUACAAUUUAAUAAGUCUCACCGUGGUAGAAUUUCCAAUCUAGAAUUUGAAGGAGAUAUUUUUGAUGAGUUUCUACAGCAACAGAAGGCUGGAAAACAUUAUGAUGCAACAAAGAAUGGUUCUUCACUGGCACGACCAAAAGGAGCAACUGAAAUCAACCUAGAAUUUGAGAAAGAGGAAGGAAGUAACUUUGAAAUACCAGUAUUGCCAUAUGGACAACAUCUGUGCAUUAAAAUAGUAACUACUUGGGGAGACAGACACUAUAUUGGUCUUAAUGGGAUUGAAAUUUUUGCUUCUACUGGCAAACCUGUUGAAAUAUCCAGAAUCAGAGCAGAUCCUCCUGACAUAAAUAUUUUACCAGCAUAUGGCAAAGAUCCUAGGGUUGUAACAAAUCUUAUUGAUGGCAUUAAUAGGACACAGGAUGAUAUGCAUCUUUGGCUGGCACCUUUCACUCCUGGAAAGUUACAUUUCCUCAACCUGGACUUUGCAGACCCUUGUAGGGUGGCUAUGAUUAGAAUAUGGAAUUAUAAUAAAUCAAGAAUUCAUUCGUUCCGUGGUGUAAAGCAGGUUGAAAUACUUUUAGAUAAUGAAUUAAUAUUUAAAGGAGAAAUUGCCAAGGCUUCAGGCACAUUAUCUGGAGCUGCCGAGCAAUUUGGUGAUACCAUUUUGUUUACAACUGAUGAUGAGAUUCUUCAAGCAAUGUCUCUUUUUGAUGAAACAUUUUCUGAAGAGCUUAAGGCUACAGAAUCUUCAGCAGAACAUGAAAUCGACAGUCUUCGACCAAGUACUGCAGACAGUGUAGAAGAGGAAAGACCUUUUACACAAGCUGGUUUUAGUGAAAAAUUGCAGAACAAUAUUUCCGAUGUCUUUGAAAAUAACUCUCAUAAAUUACCUGGGAUAUACAAUGGCAAAUGCCUGCAGCUUAAUUUCACAAUGACAUGGGGUGACCCACAUUACCUUGGUCUAACAGGAAUGGAAAUUGUUGGAAGAGAUGGCAAAGCACUGCCAUUCACCCUAGCUGAGUUAUCUGCGUGUCCUCACGAUCUUAGCAUCCUGCCAGAAUACCAUAAUGAUACCAGAACAUUGGACAAACUUAUAGAUGGUGUUAAUAUAACUAAUGAAGAUUCUCAUAUGUGGCUUAUUCCAUUUACCUCUGGAGCAGAUCACACAAUCACAAUUAAUUUUAAUAAGAGUGAGGAUAUUGCAGGGAUCCGUUUUUGGAAUUACAAUAAAUCACCUGAAGAUACAUAUAGAGGGGGUAAGAUUGUACAUCUUACACUAGAUGGACAUACUAUUUCUCCGCCAGAAGGGUUUCUUAUCCGUAAAGGACCUGGCAACUGCCAUUUUGACUUUGCUCAAGAGAUUCUGUUUGUUGACUACAUACAUGAGAAACAAAUAACAGACACACAAUUAAGAAGCCAUUCAAAGUGCAUGGAGUUUGCGGCAAUGGAUUAUGAGGCACCGUUGAUGCCAUGUGGUUUUAUCUUUCAGCUGCAACUUAUUACCAGCUGGGGAGACCCAUACUACAUUGGCCUAAAUGGUCUUGAGAUGUUCAGUGAACAUGGAGAAAAGAUCAACCUCACUGAAAACAAUAUUGCAGCUUUUCCAGAAAGUAUAAACGUUUUAGAUGGAGUGUGUGGAGAUGUUAGAACACCUGAUAAGCUCAUUGACAAUGUGAAUGAUACUUGUGAUGGAAGACACAUGUGGCUUUCACCGAUUCUUCCUGGCAUGGUCAAUAGGAUUUAUGUUGUCUUUGAUCAACCAACUACAGUGUCGAUGAUAAAAAUGUGGAAUUAUGCUAAGACCCCACAUAGAGGGGUUAAAGAAUUUGGUCUCCUUGUGGAUGAUCUUCUUGUGUACAAUGGGAUUCUAAAUCAAGUCAGUCAUAUAUCCCAUGGGAUCUUACCAACAUGUGAUCCUGUAAUCCCUUAUCAUACCAUUCUCUUUGCAAAUCCUGAGAAAUUUUCAGAAGCUGACAGAAGAACUGCCAUAUGUAAUCAAGUGGAAGAUCAAGAUGUAAGGAUGAUGAACGACAAUAAGAUUGUUGUCACUUCCAAGAAGAAACAAGUUGCUGAUCCAGCUCUUCGUCCAAAAACAUGUCUAACUGAGAGAGGAAGUGGGAAAAAAACUAAAUUCUAAGGUUACCUUGGAUUCUAAUUUGUAACUAUAAUAUUAUUGUCAAUAAACCUUAGCAGAAUUAUUUAUACUGAACAUGUACAAAGUUUUUUAUGUUUCUUUGGGAUGUCAUUUUUAAAAAAAUAAAUGACAUUUUACAGUU